AUGUCCUCGGAAACCACGGCGUCCCCCCUCAACAUCGUCUUCGUCCACCCCGACCUGGGCAUCGGCGGCGCAGAACGCCUCGUCAUCGACGCAGCCGUCGGCCUGCAGGCGCUAGGGCACCGAGUCACGAUCCUGACCUCGUACCGCAACAAGGAGCAUUGUUUCGAGGAGGCGCGCGAUGGCACCCUCGACGUCCGCGUGCGCGGCGAUGCGCUGUUUCCUGCGAGUAUUGGGGGCCGGUUGAGUAUCCUGUUCAGUAUCCUGCGGCAGUUGAGUCUGGUGGCGAGUACGGGGCUCGCGUCGGGCGAGUUGAGGGAGUUGGAUCCGGAUGUGUUCAUUGUGGAUCAGCUCAGUGCAUGCAUACCGUUCUUUCGGCUGCUGUACCCUAAGGCGAAGGUGCUGUUCUAUGGACAUUAUCCGGAUCGGUUACUGGUGAAGGAGGAGGAUGGAUAUCGGAAAUAUCUCAAGAGGCUAUACCGGAUACCUUUCGAUGCCUUGGAGGGGUGGAGCACGGGGUGUUCGGACGGGAUUGUGGUCAACAGCAAGUACACACGGUCGAUCUUCCGACAGACGUUUCCGAGUAUGCGGACGAGGGAUUUGAAGGUCAUAUAUCCCUGUGUGGAUACGAAUGAGACGAAGAAUGGAUUUAAAGAUGCGGCGAUGUGGCCGGAUAAGAAGAUCUUGCUGAGCAUCAAUCGGUUCGAGGGGAAGAAGAAUCUGGAUCUGGCGAUCAAGGCUUACGCAAACCUCUCCACGGAUGAGAGGACUCGAGCGAGGCUUGUUGUUGCGGGGGGUUUCGACCCGCGGAAUCACGAAAAUAAUAUCACGCACAAACAUCUCCAGGACUUGUCGGAAUCACUCAGCCUCCGCCACGCGACGUUCAGGAGUAAAGACACCGCCUUGACCGACCUCUCCAACGACAACAUCGACCUCCUCUUCCUCCUCUCCAUCCCCCACGACCUCAAGCAACGCCUCCUCCACUCCGCCGGUCUCCUCAUCUACACUCCUCGAAACGAGCACUUCGGCAUCGUGCCCCUCGAAGCCAUGCUCGCCGGCGUCCCUGUCCUCGCAACCAACACCGGUGGACCCCUCGAAACGAUCUACGACGGCAGGACAGGCUGGCUCCGAAGCCCCGAGAAAGUCGAGCAAUGGACAGACGUCAUGCGAAAACCUCUCAUCCCCUCAAGCGCGGAGACACUAAGGGGAAUGGGCCAGAAAGGCCGGGAGAGGGUACUCGCGGAAUUCAGCCAGACGAAGAUGAGUCGGAGUUUCGAUCAGGAAGUCCAACGGCUCGUGCAGAGUCAGACGCCGCGGCCGAGCAUCGUGUCGACGUGGAUGCUGCUGGCUAUCGUCGUCACCAUCAUCGCUGUGAUCGGUGGCAUCGUCGCGAUGAGAUUCCUCACUGCAGAGGGUGGGGAUCAGCUGGCGAAGGCGGGGAAGAGCGUUGCUGCGAAUGGCACGCCGGUCGCGAAUGGGGCUCCUGUUGCGAAUGGGACGCCUGCGGCGGCGAAGGUUGAGUUGUAG